ACUCGUAUGUGAUGCAUCUAUUCAUCUCGCAGCCAUGGGUAAAUCAGCUGUUUUUGUCGUAUUUCUUUGCAUAAUAAACCAAGUACAAGUAUGUUUUUCGAGUUCCGUGGAACAAAACUCUAAAGUGGUUCAAAUACACUCCGGACUGGUUAAAGGAUAUAAAAAUUCUGAGUGGGAUAUUUUUGCAUUUUAUGGAAUACCAUACGCUACUGCUCCGAGUGGCCGCGAAAAGUUUAAGGGGCCAUUACCAGCACCCCACUGGUCAGAUACUUUGGAGGCAAUAGACAAAACCAUAGUCUGUGCUCAGCACGCUCACCCUACAGGACAUGAUAAUUGCCUCACUUCUAAUGUAUUUACCCCGAACACAAAUGAUACAAAUCUUCCAGUUUUAGUUUAUAUCCACGGUGGCGCAUUCUAUAAUAAAAGUGGCAACCACUUAUUACCUUAUUCUCUAGUUAAAGAUGGAAAUUUGGUAACAGUCACUUUUAAUUAUCGCCUCGGUAUGCUGGGUUUCUUGUGUUUGGGCACUGAGGGUAUUCCCGGUAAUGCCGGAUUGAAGGACAUGGUGGCGCUCUUGAAUUGGGUCAAUCAGAAUAUUGCCAAUUUCGGCGGAAACCCUGACGACGUUACCAUCGCCGGCUGCAGCGCUGGAUCAGUCUCCGCAGAGCUAUUGGCUCUCUCAGAAACAACAAAGGGGUUAUUUAACAAAGUUAUACUUCAAAGUGGAAACAGUAUCGAAUCCUGGAGUGUGCAACAAAACCCCUUAGAAAUAGCACAAACACAUGCUAUGAAAAUGAAUUUUGAUAUAUCGGAUGAUUUGCAUGCUCUAGAAGAAUUUUAUACAAACAGAUCUACAGAAGAGUUAGUAAAACAUACCCAUUCGACUAUCAAAGACAAAGAUUUAUAUUUUGUUCCUUGUCUUGAAAGGCACACAGGCACAGAAGCGGUUUUGACAACCGCACCUCUAGAUACACUAAAAAGUGAAACAUUCAAAAAGUACCCUACUCUUAUUGGCUUCGCAAAUAUGGAAGGAUUGUACAGAUUGCAGUCAUACGAUGACUGGAAAGAUGACAUACAGUCUAAUCUAGCCUACUACUUCCCUGUAGAUCUGAAAUUCAAUACUAGUGAUGAACAAAAAGAGGCAGCCAAGUCAGUUAAGGAGUUGUAUUUUGAUCAUGACGAUUUCAAGCAGGGUUUUAUUGAUUACUUCUCAGACGCAAUGUUUGUAUACCCUCUAAUUCGUGCUAUAAAUUAUCAAGUCGAAGCUGGCAAUGAAGAUGUUUACUAUUUCGAAUUUUCCUUCGUGGAGGACUCGAAAGUGCCGACUGAUGAGCCUUACAACGUGCACGGCGCUGGCCACUGCACACAGUCGGAGAUAGUAUUUGAGCGACCAGAGCCCGUAGCACAUUCCAGUGAUUACUUCGAGAUGAAAAAGAAAAUGACAGCGUUAUGGAUCAACUUUAUUAAGACAGGGAAACCAGUUCCAAAUGCUUCAUCAGUAUUCCCUGACGGGUGGCCCGCAGCGUCACCGACUGGCUCGUACAUGGAGAUGAACUUGCGACCACGGCUGAGGAAGAACUGGCGCUCAGAAUAUGUUAGUUUAUGGAACGACAUCUACAGUCGUUAUUACAUUACCCCGAUACCAGCAGGAACUGGUGUUUAGUCUUGGUGUUUUUGUCUAAUAAAUUAUGGUAAAUCCGUU